AUGAUCAUUGCAAAUGGCCAAUAUAUCUGUAAGAUCGAGCCGACUGGGAUUAAAUACUUCUCCACAGCACAGCCCAACACUUUAGAGGUGAACACAGCCUUCACCAUAACCGCAGCCACCCUUCCGGCUGAUAGCAGCGUGUUAUAUUUUAGCGAUGGGGAAUUUCUAUAUACUUUCGAUAUGGGGCAUGAAAAUGACAAUAUUCGGAGAAUCACUAUUCCGAAAACGGGUUCUAUUAAGCAACUAUAUUCUGCGGUCAAUAGCAUUUGUGCCCUCUUAGUGCUCCUCACUGAAGUUGAGCUGCUUCUUGUCACAGACAGAAAUGGUGUAGUGCACACCAUACGGCAUGCGCUAGAGCAUCCUCCCCCCUUUUAUGCCAUGGACUUGUCAUCGCUGGCACAUCUAUUCACAGAUCCUCCUGGGAUGAUGAAAUUAGAGUCAUCCUCGCCUGCAAACUUCUUCCUGAGUAUUGCGUUGCGCAACCUACAAAGUGUUGAGUACCGGUUUGCUGUCUCCAUAGUAGAUAACGCAAGUCUUUCAAUCAACAUUGCAUCUACCAGUACUCUUAUCCCUAGGGUUCCUCAGCCCAUCUUAUUCUUUAAGUAUUUCGGUCGUCAGACCGUUUUUGUGACCACAGGGACGCUCUAUCUCAUUUCUCAAACAGACUACCUUGCUAUACCUAUAGAUCAAUCCUUAGCCAAGUCAAUCUGCAACGCUAAGAUUUAUUCAUUGCUUUCAUCUACCUCUGCCACUGGCAACACACCGGCCUUCCACGGAAAUAUCAGCUGUAUUGUUCUUCUCUUCUGCAAGGACACUAACUGUCACGUUGUCAACCUAGAGACCAGGGCUGUGAAGGAGAUCCUUGACACCAACGGUGCAAAACACGCAUAUGAGAAUAAUGGAAGCUUCUUUUUCGUGUCUGAAGAUGUUCGGAAAGAGCUACGAUUGACAGAACUGACCAAGUACUUCUAA